AGCAGCUGGCUUUGUGUUCGCGGAGCUCCUCCCGUUUCUGUGAUGAAGUUCGGAUGCGCGUCACCAAGCAGCGCGCACAGCUGAGGAGCUUCCCCGACGCCACGCCACGGCACGAGAGAUGGGGAGAUGCGCGGAUCACGAUCACGGGAGGCUACAGAUGUGACAUUGUCCGUCGUUUGUACUUCCACAGAACGCGUCGCCACCCUUUGUGUGAGCACUGACCGAGCUGAUCUGGAUUCAGAACACUCAGCAGCAUCUAUCCCCCCCUUUCUACAAAGCUUCCUUGGCUGCGUGGACCGUGAAAAACCUCUCGGAUCGGUUUUUGUUUCACUCCAACAGAUCGUGCGUGCGUUUUUAAAACAAAAUUGGAUCCGGGAAAUGUUGGCAUGGCCGCCUCGGGAGCUCAUAAGUGUCCGAAGAGUGAGAAGUUGGACGAGGCGCAGGCUUUGGCCAAGAGCUGCGCGGGGAGACCAGACUUCCUGCCGUGUGAUGGUCUCUCCAUCUGCGCGACGCACAGCCACGGGAAGUGCUUCAAGCUGCACUGGUGCUGCCACUUGGGCUGGUGUCACUGUAAGUACGUGUACCAGCCCAUGACCAAUGUGUGCCAGCUGCCCAGCACAGCUGUGCCGGCCGUCGGAUCAGAGUGCAGCGACACCAUGGACCUUUCCGUCUCUCUGGCCGAGCGCUUCCUGAAGCUGGCGCCCAGCUUCCAGUCUCCGCCUCACCUGGAGUCUCCCAAGUACUGUGUCAUCGCGGAUCUGUUUGUGGACGACUACAUUGUCAAAAGGAUCAAUGGGAAGAUGUGCUACGUGCAGCGGCCCCUGCCUCCCUUACCGGAACCGCCUCGACCUCCCUCCCCUCAGUCGCCCGCUCCAGCUACACCUCAAAUGCCUCCUAAUCCAAGUCCGCCAGAGCAGCCAGUGAGCCCGAAGCGGCAGGCCCCUGCUCCACCGGUCCCACAGCCGUACAGCGAACAGAAACACCUCUCCACUGUCGAGAAACUAAAAGGCCCUAAAAUGGACCACUGCUCGUCCCCGUCCAGCUCAGAGGACUCCGGUAUCAACGCACUGGGCCUCCACUACCUGGAGUCCUGUGAGGAGGGAAGUGAGGAUGAGGAGGACGAGUUGAGCACAGAUGGAAACUCAAGCCCUGGUAGCCUCUGGGACCAGGACGACUGUUCUCUUCUCUCUCCCUCCAAAUCAAUGAUAGAGAUCAUCGAAAAGAUUGAAACAACUGUCUAACUGACAUACAGAAACAAUUUAUGAGGAGGACCAACGGAGCAGUGUCCAACAGAGAACAGCACUCCAGGAUUUCAUUUUCCAUGGACUCACAGGGAGCAAAACCUCAAUCUAGUGGUUCUGUUGGGUAUUUCCAAGGUUGCUGAAUUUCUUCUCCUGCAUGUGGCUGAAGACUAUACAGCCACAGAUUUCACAGAGCCUCUUUUCUGUCCAAUCCCCCUGCAUGGAGUUCAUUUCUGAGACUUAUUGGAAUCAAGGAGGAAGCACAAAAAUCUCAAGGAUGUGAACAGUGGACAGAAAAUCAAGAGUAGAGUAGAAACAGGUCAAAACAUACACGAAAGAUAUAAACAGUAGGUUUUUUUGUGAUUUUCUUGUGUAGGUAAGUUACAGGAGCUACAUUAUGUAGGAACAAAUUUGUUCUCUGACGACAAUGAACAGUGAGGUAACUGUUGGUGUUCUCCAAUUGUCAGUCUUCAGUCUCAUUCAACCUCCAUGUCAUCUCUUAUUCACUGGUAAGCGACUCCACCUACACACACAUUACUAAUUCUGACGCUUUAGCGUAAUGAUUGCGAGGCCGGCUACCUCUCAUGGGCCUCGAGCACAUCAGCCUUUUAACUCGUUAAAGACUCGCCUCCGAGCUGCCCAGACGCUGCCUGCUUCUGUCACAUUAGAAAAAAAAAAAAAGCUUUCAGAGGCCACAAUUCAUCCGCAUUUUACCGACGCCAUCACAGGCGGCAGGUAGAUCUGUAUCUGACAAUCAAGAAUUACACAGAAGCACAUCGCUACAUGGUAGCUGCCACUAAAGACCACUUCUAUGACUAAUUACCACACAUUACUAUGUUCUUCUGACCACCUUAGUUUGAUCAAACUUAUCGAAAUUGUAGAUCACAGGUCAGAUUUCUAGAAGUGGGAUUCUGUGAGGAGUGUUUGAGUAGUCAGUGUGCUACACUUACCAACAGAUGGGUAACAAUAAACACAGCUCACUAAAGAAAACAAUAUGAUUAUAGGUUCAUGAGAACAAGACAAGAAGAGAUUUUAACUGGAUUUUGGUGAAACAAAGGAUGACUUAUAUUUUUGCUUCCACAUAUAAUGUAAAGGUUUUACAAACCACAAAGAAUCUUAUUAGUAUGGAAUAUUCUGCUUCAGGUUAUUCUGGUUGAUAUAUUAUGGUUUCCAUGCGUGUCUAAAUUUAAAAGGGUCCUAAUUCUAAUUCUAAUUCCUAAUCCUAAAUCCUAAUUCACAUUUAAAAUGCAAUAUAUUGCACAUAAGCAGAGUUAAGGUUUUCUGUGUUUCAGACUGUGGUUGUUAGAAUCUCUCUAUGAUGUAAAACUACCCAUUUACACAUCUACGCAUUUUAUAUUUUUGAGUUAUCAGACAGUAGCACAGAAUAGGAUACAUAAAAUAUUUAUAAGAAAAUAUUUAUAAUAAAAUAUAGGAACAGAAAUUAUGAAAGCGUCCAGAGUCAUUUAAAAAACCUAAUGUUUUCCUUUGCUUUAACAUCAACAGGAAGCUGCAAAGUGGACAGGAAUGUUUGCAUAGCUAUUAACUGUUAGCUAUACAUAUCUUCCCAUAAUGCUUACAAACUGUUCAUAAUUUAUUUGUCACUCUUUCAACUUUUCUGCUAAGUACAUAAAAUCCUGCUAGUUAAGAAAUUUAAAAGUGGUGGAGGCUUUUCAGGGCUUUUGUCAGUGAGUGUGUUUUACUAACCAGACAGACUCUUCAUCAGCUAACUUUGUCAACAGAACAGGGCAACAACUCAAUGACUACUUCCUCUCAUACUUCGAAAUAAGUCUGAAGCAUAUAAAUGGAACAGGGUGCUAAGAUUAAAUGCUCACCAUUUCAUCCGGUGCUCAGAAUAAUAGCUGACAUUUAUUUUGACAAUCAUAUGCUGGCAGCAGCUGGAUAGCGGUUUACAACACAGGCUUGAAUUUGAUGAGAAAUAGAGAAAUAUUGUGACAUUUUAUUAUGUUGAAAUCUGGCAGCAGGAGAUCUUUUUACACCACUGCUUAACAGAGGCACAUUUCUGCUAAGGAGAGGUAGUUUUUAGGUAUCAGAACCUCACUUUGAUUUGGGCCCUAAACUGAUGUGUGGAAAGCCAUUUAGCAAUAUCUAAGUAUGUAGUUUUAAAACCUUGUACUGUUUGUACUGUUUUCCAUCUGUUAUGGAGUUUAAUAUAUUUUUUAUAUGAGAAAUAAUACCGGAAUGACCCUAGUUUUCUUUUAAUAAAUUAAGUAUAGAGUAGUGGAUUAAUGGCGCCCUCCCAACCGUUGCUGUGCACUGCUAUUCAGCUGGCUGCCUUUUUUCCCCUCUCACAAGCUUUUAGCAGGAUGUAUGCUAAUUCUGGCUAAUAAACCAAGUAAUAUAAGACUGCUAGUCUUGUGUUUUGGUAUAACAUGCAAAACUCAUUAGAAAAAGACAUUUCUUUGUUAUUGCUUAGAUUCAUAAAUCAAAAUCACAAUAUUUUAACUGAAAUAAUCAAACUAUCCAUUCAUCCAUCCAUUAUCUAAACCCACUUAUCCUUUUAGGGUUUUUUGGGAGGGUAGUAUCUUUCUCCAGCAAUCAUGAUCUAAAUAAAGGUAAAUAAUAGUAUUUAGUUAAUUUAUAUAUUUUUAUCUGCUUUAUUCAAUGUAAAUACCGUUUUUGCUCAAGGGUAUUGUACCACAAAAGUGUGUGCAGAGAACUAGUUUCUGUUCCUGCAA